GCGCGUCAGUUCCGGACGGCGGCGGCGGCGGGAGGACGAUGGUGCUGCUGCACGUGCUGUUCGAACAUGCGGCCGGGUACGCGCUGUUCGCCGUGCGGGAGGUGGAGGAGAUCGGCCUGCUGCUGCCGCAGGUGGAGGAGAGCGUCCUCACGCUGGGCAAGUUCCACAACGUGGUGAAGCUCGUGGCGUUCUCGCCGUUCCGCUCGGCGCAGAGCGCGCUGGAGAACAUGAACGCCGUGUCCGAGGGAGUCCUGCACGAGGACCUGCGGCUGCUGCUGGACACGGCGCUGCCCCCCAAGAGGAAGAAGGUGGUGCUGGGGGUGGGCGAUGCCAAGAUGGGCGCGGCCGUGCUGGAGGAGCUGGGGGUGCAGUGCCAGACCGGGGGCGUCGUGGCCGAGCUCAUGCGAGGGAUCCGGCUGCACUUCCCGGCGCUGGUCCGGGGCCUCACGGCGCAGUCGGCGGCCAAGGCCCAGCUGGGGCUCGGCCACAGCUACUCCCGGGCCAAGGUGAAGUUCAACGUGCACCGGGUGGACAACAUGAUCAUCCAGUCCAUCAGCCUGCUGGACCAGCUGGACAAGGACAUCAACACCUUCUCCAUGCGUGUCCGGGAGUGGUACGGGUACCACUUCCCCGAGCUGAUCAAGAUCGUCCCCGAGAACUCCAUGUACUGCCGGGUGGCCAAAUUCAUCGGGAACCGCCGCGAGCUGAGCGAGGAGAGCCUCGAGGGGCUGGAGGAGAUCGUCAUGGACAGCGCCAAGGCCCAGGCCAUCCUGGAGGCCUCGCGCUCCUCCAUGGGCAUGGACAUCUCCCCGCUGGACCUCAUCAACAUCGAGAGCUUCUCGCGCCGCGUCAUCUCGCUGUCCGACUACCGCAAGGGGCUGCAGGAGUACCUGCGCUCCAAGAUGAGCCAGGUGGCCCCCAGCCUGUCCGCCCUCAUCGGCGAGGUGGUGGGUGCCCGCCUCAUCUCGCACGCUGGCAGCCUGACCAACCUGGCCAAGUACCCGGCAUCGACGGUGCAGAUCCUGGGCGCGGAGAAGGCGCUGUUCAGGGCGCUGAAGACGCGGGGGAACACCCCCAAGUACGGGCUCAUCUUCCACUCCACCUUCAUCGGGCGCGCCGCCGCCAAGAACAAGGGGCGCAUCUCGCGCUACCUGGCCAACAAGUGCACCAUCGCCUCGCGCAUCGACUGCUUCUCAGAGGUCCCCACCAGUGUCUUUGGGGACAAGCUGAGGGAGCAGGUGGAGGAGCGCCUGGCCUUCUACGAGACCGGGGAGCCGCCCCGCAAGAACCUGGAGGUGAUGAAGGAGGCCGUGGUGGAGGCCAGCGAGGUGGUGGCUGAGGUGAAGAGGAGGCAGGAGAAGAAGGAGAAGAAGAGGAAGAAGAGGGAGAAGCGGCGGCUGGAGGCGCUGGCAGCAGCUGCUGAGGAGGCAGCAGAGAACUCGGUGAUGGAGACGGAGGAGAACGACGUGGGGGCCAAGAAGAAGAAGAAAAAGAAGAAGCAGCAGCAGCCCGAGGAGUCAGAGGCAGAGCCCGAGCAGAACGGGGUGGAGGAGGAGGAAGAGGAGGAGCCAUUGCCCAAGAAGAAAAGGAAAGCCGUGGUGGAGCCUGAGGAGGAGGAAGAGGAGGAAAAGAAGAAGAAAAAGAAGAAGAAGAAGAAGGCAGUGGCUCAGGACUCAGAGGAGGAUUAGGGAGCAGAGCUCAGUCAGCGCACGCACUGACAGACUGACGGACAGGCCGGAGCCAGGAGUGGCCACUCCCCUGCUCCCGUGGUGGCCCCAGCUGUGUCCUGUGCCACCGGGGCCACCUGGAACGUGUCACAGCCUGGUGGCCUGGCUGAGUCCCUGUGGGCAGCAGCAGCCCCUGGACUGUGCCUUACAUACAGCGUGGAACUGCAACCCCUGUCCCUUCCCUGGGGCCUGGCCGUGUCUGUGUCCCCUCCUUGGGGACAUCGGGCCGUGUGGGGCUGUCCCCAGGCCGUGUCUGUGUGUCUGUGUCCCCUCCUUGGGGACCUGUCCCCAGGUGUGUCUGUGUCCCCUCCUUGGGGACAUCAGGCUGUGUGGGGCUGUCCCCAGGCGUGUCUGUGUGUCUGUGUCCCCUCCUUGGGGACCCUGGGCUGUGUGGGGCUGUCCCCAGGUGUGUCUGUGUCCCCUCCUUGGGGACCUGUCCCCAGGCCAUGUCUGUGUCCCCUCUUUGGGGACAUUGGGCUGUCCCCAGGUGUGUCUGUGUCCCCUCCUUGGGGACCCCGGGCCGUGUCCCCCCUCCCUGUGCCGUGCAGGGCUGCCCACACCCCAAUAAAGGGCUGAGGUUGUUGCUGAU